AUGAUUAUCAAGCGGAACUUGAAAUCUCAAAUGCCGCGUUUGAAACGGUGUAGACUCGGUGACUCGGUCGGAGAAGAUGACGACUCUUCUUAUGCUUCUAAGAAGAGGAAAACGAGUGGUUAUUAUUAUCCUUUGAACCUUUUGGGUGAUGUUGCUGCCGGUUUGAUUCCGGUGAGUUUUCACGGGUUGUUGAGUGCCGGUGUUUCCGAGAGGGGAUUCUCUGCGUCGUGGUGCACGCGAGUUCCGUGCUCCCCUGGAGAAGAUGAAUCAAACUCGAAGGAGGAGAUGGUUCCGGUGAAGAAAAAUCAGGUUCAGCGACCGCCGUUGGUUAGAACUUCGAGAGGGCGAGUUCAGGUUCUUCCUUCUCGUUUUAAUGACUCUGUUAUUGAUAAUUGGAAGAAGGAUGGAAAAACCAGUUUGGGUGAUUGUGAUGUUCACGAUGAAUUUGAAUGCAAGAAGGAUAGGGUAGUAGUACCCAAGACUUGCAAUAACAAUGUUAGAAAAGGGCGUAGCAGUGGGAAAGUUGGUUAUAAGCAACGUAAUUAUUCGGCAUUGUGUGGGGAUGAUGAUGUUACCGUGAGUGGGAGGCAUAAGAGUUUUGGUAGAAGGAAGGGUUCAGCUUUGUAUGAUGAUGAAGUUGAUUUGGCUAUGGGUAGUGAUGAUAUAGUUGAUUUGGAGCAGAAUAAUGGAGAGAAGAAAGAUGGGUUAUAUGGGCCAGAAGAUUUUUAUGCCUCUGAUAUAGUGUGGGCCAAAGCUGGGAGGAAGGAACCUUUUUGGCCAGCUGUUGUUAUUGAUCCUGUGAAACAUGCACCUGAGUUGGUCCUAAGAUCUUGUAUAGCUGCUGCUGCAUGUGUCAUGUUUCUUGGCAAUGCUGGGAAUGAAAAUCUAAGGGACUAUGCAUGGGUGAAGCAUGGCAUGAUCUUUCCAUUUAUGGAUUUUGUUGACAGGUUUCAAGAGCAGCCUGAAUUGAGUAACUAUAGUCCCUCUGACUUCCAAAUGGCAAUAGAGGAGGCAUUUUUGGCCGACCAAGGCUUUUCAGAGAAGUUGAUAGAUGAUAUAAAUGCAGCAGCUUGUGCUACUGUUGAUGAUGAUACUAUUCUGAAAUCCUCCUUCCGGGAGGUCUGUGGUACAAACCAGUAUGGAAGAGCAGGAAAACAUUUUAUCAACCAGGAUUUAUUUGAUAAGAAAGACACACGAUCAUGUGAAGCGUGUGGAUUCACUCUUUCUUACAAGAUUUCAAAGAAAACUAAUGGUUUGACUCCUAAUGGUCAAUUCCUAUGUAAAACAUGUGCAAGGUUAACGAAAUCAAAACAUUAUUGUGGCAUAUGCAAGAAAGUUUGGAAUCAUUCCGAUAGUGGAAGCUGGGUGCGCUGUGAUGGAUGUAAAGUGUGGGUGCAUGCCGAAUGUGACCAAAUUUCUAGAAACCAUUUUAAGGAUCUUGAAAGCAGGGAUUAUUACUGCCCUACAUGUAGAGGCAAGUUUGAGUUUGAGUUAUCUGAUUCAGAAAAAACAAAGACAAAAGUCAGAUCGAACCGAAACAGUGGGCAGCUAGUGCUUUCAAAUAAGGUCAAUGUUCUCUGCAAUGGUGUGCAAGGCAUAUAUUUUCCAAGCCUACACUUAGUUGUGUGCAAGUGUGGUUUUUGUGGGACAGAAAAACAAGCUCUUAGCGAAUGGGAAAAGCACACCGGUUCCAAAUUAAGAAACUGGAAAACAAGUAUUACUGUGAAAGACUCUAGGCUACCUUUAGAACAAUGGAUGCUGCAGGUUGCCGAAGUUCAUGCUAAUGCUCUAGUUUCUGUCAAACCUAAAAAACCUUCUUUAAAAGAAAGGAAGCAGAAGUUGCUUACCUUCUUGAAAGAGAGGUAUGAACCUGUUUAUGCUAAGUGGACUACAGAGCGUUGUGCUGUUUGUAGAUGGGUUGAAGACUGGGAUUACAAUAAAAUUAUCAUUUGCAACAGAUGUCAAAUAGCUGUUCACCAAGAAUGCUAUGGAGUAUUAAAUGUUAAAGACUUUACAUCUUGGGUCUGUAAAACCUGCGAGACACCUAGAAUCAAGCGGGAGUGUUGCCUUUGUCCUGUAAAAGGUGGUGCUCUAAAGCCAACAGAUAUUGACACAUUAUGGGUUCAUGUCACCUGUGCUUGGUUUCGACCUGAAGUCUCAUUUGCUAGCGAUCAGAAAAUGGAACCUGCUUUGGGCAUUCUUAGCAUUCCAUCAAAUUCUUUUGUGAAGAUUUGUGUUAUUUGCAAGCAAAUUCACGGUUCCUGCACACAGUGCUGCAAAUGCUCCACUUAUUUCCAUGCCAUGUGUGCAUCAAGGGCUGGUUACCAAAUGGAGUUGCAUUGUUCGAAGAAAAAUGGGAAGACGAUAACAAAAAUGGUUUCAUAUUGUGCAUACCACAGAGCUCCAAAUCCAGACAAUGUUUUGAUUUUGCAAACCCCUCUCGGGAUCAUUUCAACUAAAAGCCUUCUUCAAAAGAAAAAAAUUGGAUCAAGGUUAAUCUCAUCUAACAGAAUAAAGCAAGAAGAGACUCCUAUUGAUAUCACUGAGCACGACCCAUUCUCUGCUGCUCGGAGUCGAAUCCUUACAAGAACAAAUCAUACCAGAAAGAGAGCAUCUGAUGAAGCAGUUUUUCAUCAAGCAAGGGGUCACUGCCACCAUCCUUUGGAUGCAAUACAGAGUUUAAAUGCAUACAGACCAGUAAAGGAGCCUCAAGCUUUCUCUUCUUUCAGAGAACGACUUUACCACUUACAGAGAACCGAAAAUGAACGGGUUUGCUUUGGUAGAUCUGGCAUACAUGGAUGGGGCCUCUUUGCACGUAGGAAUAUUCAAGAAGGAGAAAUGGUUCUUGAAUAUCGCGGGGAACAAGUGAGACGCAGCAUUGCUGAUUUGAGGGAGGCACACUAUAGAGCAGAAGGGAAAGACUGCUACCUGUUUAAGAUAAGCGAAGAAGUGGUGGUAGAUGCCACUGAUAAAGGGAAUAUAGCACGACUAAUCAACCAUUCUUGUAUGCCAAAUUGCUAUGCAAGGAUCAUGAGUGUGGGAGAUGAUGAGAGCCGAAUUGUACUUAUUGCUAAGACUAAUGUAUCUUCUGGGGACGAGCUAACUUAUGAUUACUUAUUUGAUCCUGAUGAGCCAGAUGAAUUUAAAGUCCCCUGCAUGUGUAAAGCUUCGAGUUGCAGGAAAUUCAUGAAUUAG